GAUGCUAGCGGCGAUGCUAGCCGAUUCAUGCUAAGUAGGGAAAUGUGUUGUUCUAGUCAAACAUUAGCGCCUAAUUUAAACUUUCUGAAACAGACAGACAUGAAGCAGUCAAUUUAGACUAUUCAACACCACCUGAUUUACACUUUAAGCGUAAUUCUGUCUCCAAAAACACCAGGCUUCACAUUUUUGUAGCUAAUUUAAGAACGCAGUCACAACCAACGCAGGACGAGUCCUCUUCUGUUCCCCACUCACUAAAAAUUAGUCCGAAGACCUCCCAAAACCACAAAAAUGCCGUCGAGAAAUCAUCUUGACAAAAUUGGGAGGAAGAAGAAAAAGAAAUGGACAGAGGAGGCCAUGGAACGUGCGCUGAUUGAGGUGAAGUCGGGACGGUGUACGGUGAGACAAGCUGCCAAAGAGUUUGGAGUCCCCAAAUCUUCACUGGGGGACCGAGUCAGCGGACGGGUGACCCCGGGGAGUCGCAGCGGGCCCGCUCAGCUCAUAACAUCCGCAGACGAGGAGUUGUUGGUGGAGUUCUCUUUAUACAUGUCCAAGCAUGGAUUCCCACUGACCAAACAACAGCUGGUGUCCUUUGCCUCGUCCAUCUACAAGCGGCAGCAUCGCAGGGUGGCAUUCUCCAAACUAGGCCAGACCUGGUGGCUCAAUUUUAGAAAACGGCAAGAAAAGAAUAUCACCAUUCAGCCAGCAGACAAUGUUGUCCGUGGGAGAACUGUGUGUGUGAGGAAGGAAGCGGUCGACCAGUUCGUACAUUUACUGAGCACUGUCAUGGGCACUCAUGAGCUCAGAGACAAGCCUCAUCAAAUUUUCAACUGCAAUGAGACCGGCUUUCAGCUGUGCAGGAAGAAAAUGAUUCUCCCCAAAUCUGCCAGUCCGGGCUACAAGCCAACGCCGGGCUCCAGGGACCACAUCUCCGUCCUGGCUUGCUUUAGCGCAGCUGGAGACGACAUUCCCCCAUUUAUUAUCUACUCAAAGGCAUACCCAGGGGGGGUUUGUUACAAGACUCAAGGGCCUCUAAAUGCCCUCUAUGGAUGGUCAGACUCUGGUUGCAUCAACUCUGACCUUUUCAAAAAAUGGUUCCUCAAGCACUUCCUCUUGCACGCACCCAAGGAGCGUCCUCUGCUGCUGAUUUUCGAUGGACACAAGUCUCCUGUCAACCUUGAAGUGGUGGAAGCGGCUCGUAAGGAGGACGUCAUCCUGCUGUGCCUUCCGCCUCACUGCUCUCACAUCCUGCAGCCACUCGACGCGGGCCUCUUUGUGCUCCUGAAGCAGCGUUUUGCAGCACUCAUAGGUGAUAGCUGUGCCAGUGAUACUCACUUUGCGGUCAGCAAGAAGGAGUUCUCAGGUGUAUUUAAGGGGACGUAUCAGGUGGUGAAGGAGGAGGAAGGUGGCAGGAUUGUGAAGGAAGGCUUUAGGAAAUGUGGCAUCUACCCGCUGAACCACUUUGCCAUCAACGAGGGGCAUUUGAUGCCAUCGCACUGCAUGGGCCCAGCAGCUGGACCCUCCUUGUCCACAUCCACUGUAGAAGACCUUUCCUCUCAGCUGCCGAGCCCCCUUCCUAAUUCAUAACUGCCCGAGGCUAUCUUGGGCAGCAGAGUGACUGUAUAAUUCAACAAGAACUGGGCAGUUCUGUCAUUUCAAAUACGAAUUGCUUUUCACAUCAGAUUGAGUAUCGUGCACCACCUCCCCCAGUCUUCUCAGAUUUAGUUGGUGUGUAAAAAUGUUUGCAUGCUGCACAAGAGCAGUUCUCAACCUGAGGGGAAACUACAAGCUCUGUCAUUUUGUCUUGUGAUUGACAGCCGGCCAGCUAACUAAGCUGAAUAACAUCAAGCAGGAUGAAUACAGACAAAGUUGUGCUUGAUUUCUAUUUUAGUGGAGUAAGCAGUAAGAUUAUUAUACAUGAUAUAGUCUGUGACUCAGAUUUCUAACUGUUCAUCUUACAUGUUAAACCUCUGAACCCCAUCAUGUCGCAUGGAUUGAAAUGUGUGUUUUCUUUGAAAGAUUACCAAAAAAACACAGUUUAUUGUAGGAAGUAACUGUAAAAACAGGCAUUAUCAUCGGAAUUUGAACUUUCCGACGCUCUUUGAACAACUCAUAGUUUACUAUUUUCCAUUAGAAAAAGUAACCAAAAUGAAGCUGAAUUGAGAUAUUUCGGUCAUGUCUCAUUUAAAACA